UCAACUUGCAGUUUCACGUAUAAUAGGCAUGGUUGCCUCGCGCCGUUUGGGCGCAACUUCGUUGUGCUUGACCUUAGCGCGAGGCACUACCGUGCCUCUUGAUGCAGUAUAUAUUCUAUCGCAUCUAGUCGCACGACCGCAGUUGGUCUUUCAACAUACUUCCUUUCAACACUUCAGGAGCACCACACAAGCAAUAAGAGAUACACAUGUAACGAUACGAAUAACGAUAGAAACAAAAUCACCAACAUGCAACUUCUGUUAUGAAGCGGAUAGAUCCAUCGAUUAUUAAGCAGGAAACGAUAGUGGCGCAUCCCAGCAAAGACGGCAAGACGAGCUUACGAUGACAUCUAACACUUUGAAAGCCAAUGUUGGAAUACAAGAGAAAGCUCCUUCGGCUACGUCAGAAAUAGACAAUAAACAUGUUAUGUACAGAAGACAUAGUUUGCACUUAGCGAUUGAAGAAUGGAUAAAUUAUCUACCAAAUGUGAAGUGGCGCAAUGUUGCAACAAUAAGUUUUGUACACUUAUGUGCAUUGUACUGUCUCCUCACUAUCAACUUUACAAUGGAUAUCAGGACAGUCUUUUGGUAUAUCUUGAUUUACACAAUUCAAGGGAUGGGUUUCACCGCUGGUGUUCAUCGUUACUGGACACAUCGAACUUUCAAAGCAAAAUUGCCACUUAGAAUCAUACUUGUCUUUUGCUACCUUACAGCUGGCCAGAUCUCUAUCCGCAGUUGGGUCCGAGAUCAUCGGACACAUCACAAAUUCACGGAUACAAAUGCAGAUCCACACAACAGCAAUCGGGGAUUCUUCUUCUCUCAUGUCGGGUGGUUGAUGGUAAAAAAGCAUCCAGAGGUUAUCGAAAAAGGUCAACAAAUCGAUAUAAGCGACAUUAAGGCGGAUUCUCUCGUUAUGUUCGCUGAUAAGCAUUUUUGGAUACUGAGUUUUAUUUUUGCCCAUAUGAUACCGAUUAUGGUGCCCGUUUACGGGUGGAACGAAGCAUGGACAAUGUCCAUGAAAUUGCAUUUCUGUCGUCAUAUAUGCGAGUGGCACAGUGUGUGGAGUGUCAAUAGUUUCGCUCACAUAUGGGGUAGCAGACCGUACGACAUGCAUAUUAAACCGACGAAUAACAUGAUGGUCUCAUUUGCAUCUUUCGGCGAGGGUUCACAUAAUUAUCAUCACGUGUUCCCAUGGGACUACAAAGCAUCUGAAUUCGGUAUACACACAUACAACUUUACGGCUAUGUUUAUCGAAUUCUUUGCGAAAAUUGGUUGGGCAUACGAUCUACAAGAACCGUCUCCGGAGCUCGUGAAGUCUGUCGCAAUUAAGAAUAAAAUGGCCGAACGCCAUUACAAGUGGGAUGCUGUACCGCCUCCGAAUGGUGAAGGUAAAAUAUAUUCGUAAUCUAACUGAUCGCCCAUAAGUUGAACAGGACUCUUGUAUGUUAAAUACGUUUUGUCCACGAUCUACGAUUUAUUUGAACACAUUGAACAAACUGCUUCUUAUUGAGGAAUAGCUGUUUACUGAAUAUAAGGAAGAAAUUAUAUUCCUCAGAUUUUUAUAUUCUUUUAAUGGCGUGUUGGGCAUAAAUAAAAAUAUAAACU